CGCAUGUCAAUCCCCACUCUCUCUCUCUCUCUCUCUCUCUCUCUCCAUGAUUUCUGACUCUAUCCACUGUCCUUUCUCUAACUAAAGGCAUAAAAAGCUACCCAAAAAGCUGUUUGUAUGUUACAGCACACAUUUAUAAUUUAGGAACAUGAAAAGGUACCUUUUCAAUUUCCACCUUUUCCUCAUCUAUCAAAAGUAUAUCAGCCAUCUAAAAUAUACAUAAGAUAAAUACUCCCCUUCUUGAUCCAUUGAACAAUGCUGAAAUGAAUCAGUCCGAUUCUGGCUCAGUGUCACAUUUCAGUGACCAGGUGGAUGGAACUUGAGAUCAUGCCUGAGCUGGUUGGCUUCUCUGUGUGAAUGAGCGAUAAAAUGUCGAUAAUGUCGACAGCAUCUGAAAAACACUGACCUGACCACUGAUGUCAUGAUUGGAAGACCUGUACUCACACACAGUGGCGUAAUCUACAGGUAAGGACAGUAUGUGACUUAGGAGAGCGUCCCCCACAGAGACUUUAAAGUGGGGCCGCCAUUGAUACACAGAGAGUUUUAGAUCAGUGGUCAGGGUGGCAUAUCCUCUGACAGGCAUGUUAUUACUCAUCAGCCACAGUUCCGCAGAUUGUGUUUCAAGUGUAAGGAAUCUCCCGAGUCACCCUCCGGGCGUUUAUUUCAGUGGUGCGCGUGGGUCCAUCUGUCUGCCAUCAGUGUAGAGGCAGCCUACCUGCUGAGCAAGAGGAGCGAGGACACACAGUCACCUGGACCUGCUUCUUCUAUGAGAGGAGGGUGAAGAUGUCACACCAGACAGGAAUUAAUGCAACAUCUGAGCUGAAGGAGUUCCUGGCCCGGGCGAGGGGAGGUGCCAUCAGAAUUAUGAAGAUAGUCAUCAGAAAUGAGGAGCUAGUGUUAGACUCGUACAGAGAGCCCGCACAGAGUUGGGACAAGGAUUACGAUCACUUCCUGCUUCCUCUGCUAACACAUCAGGAACCCUGCUACAUCCUCUAUCGCCUGGACUCCCAGAAUGCACAGGGAUACGAGUGGAUCUUCAUCCCCUGGUCACCUGACCAAUCACCAGUGAGGCAGAAGAUGUUGUACGCAGCUACCCGUGCCACACUGAAGAAAGAGUUUGGAGGAGGUCACAUUAAAGAUGAAAUGUUUGGCACAGUCGAGGAUGACGUGUGCUUCCAGGGUUACCUGCGACACAUGACCUCCUGCUCCUCCCCGGCUCCACUCACAACAGCCGAGCAGCAGUUACAACAAAUCAAAGUCACAGAGGAUAAAGUUGUGUGGGAUGAACGAAGGCGUAUUGGGACUCCUACAGCACGAGCAAGGGUUACAAUGGAAUUUGGCUUAGACAAACGGGCACAGACUCUUCAAGGUCUUGCAUUUCCGCUCCAGGAAGAGGCCAAACGAGCCCUGCAGCAACUCAAGCAGAGAUGCAUCAACUACAUACAGCUGAGGUUGGAUGUAGAGAAGGAGACUAUUGAGCUGGUUCACACCAAACCUACAGAGAUCCACGAGCUUCCCUUUAGGAUCCCUUCAGAUUCCCCAAGAUAUCACUUCUUCAUCUUCAAGCACUCUCACCAGGGUCAGCGGCAGGAAGCACUGGUGUUCAUAUAUUCAAUGCCUGGGUACACCUGCAGCAUCAAGGAGCGGAUGCUGUACUCUAGCUGUAAGAACAGGCUACUGGACGAGGUGGAGAAAGACUACCACCUGGAGGUCACCAAAAAGAUGGAGAUAGACAACGGUAAUGACCUGACUGAACACUUCCUGUACGAAGAGGUCCACCCAAUGGAGCACACCUUAAAGCAGGCCUUCACCAAGCCCCGCGGACCAGGAGGGAAGAGGGGCAACAAACGCCUUAUCAAGGGUGCAGGAGAGAAUGGGGAAGAAAGUUAGAUACUAAACACACACACAUACAAACAUCAGGAAUUAUACACACACACUUGCAAAAUAACACUAUACGAAUGAUCUUACAUGUUAUUUAACUGGUAAACUUCUUGUCAUUUCUUCUGUUAGUUGCAGAUAAUAAACUCAGAAAACAGGACAAAAUAGAUACACCUUAAAAAGGAAUUCAUUUGUAUUGUUCUAUGGUCAAAUAUGUAAACAAAAUGUAAAAAAAAACUUGAGAAGGUGACAGCUAAGAUUAAAAAAUUGUCUUCAAAUUGCAAUUCAGGAAAUGCUUUUUAAAUAUAGCCUUCUAAAAAUGCCUUAGUAAACAAUCUCCCAUAUUGUUUCUGCAAAAACUGUUUUCAGAUGCAGCACAAUAGGUUGUCUGUGUGGUAGCCUGGCAACCAGCCAUGCCUUUACGUAAAUUAGAUUUUAUGAUGUUAAAAUGCAUAUCACUCAAAUGAAUGGUACAUUUUGAAUACCCCAUUCACUAUAUGAUCAGGCAUACAAUCCCAUCUGAUAACUCCUCUUUGCUGUUCGCUUUUAUUUGUUCAACUGUUUACAAUCAUAGAGAAAUGGCUAUGACAUUCUCCUUUUUAUUAUAGACAGCCUAUACUUGUCCUAUGCUUCGAUUUUUACCACAUGCCUGUAAAGUUGCCUUCUCCUGUCAACUGAAGAGGUUUGACAAAACUGUUAUUUUACAAAAACCCCACAAUAAAAUGUUUCCUUUUACUCCUGUUUGUGUCCUCUUUUCCCUCUUUCUCUGGCAGUAUUUGCGUGGUAAUUCUGUAGUCAUGCAGGCAGAAGCAGCAGCAGGGAUCAGGGCUCAGCAGUGGAGGUCACUUUGUUGUGUGUGUUUUCCAGGAAGCCUCUCUACUCAGAAGCCCUCAGCGGCUCUGCUGCUUUCAUAGCACACGGCUGAUGUGAACACACUUUCUUGGAAAUAUGGUUCAAAGCUUACUUGUGGGUUUCAAAUGGUCAUUGUCUGUCUCCAUGGAAUUUGUGGGUUUGUUGAUGAUGGUGAUGAUGAUGAUGAUGAUGAUGAACUUUGACUUUGUCAAGAAAUGCGGACUUCUUCCAUGACAUGACCCAGUUCAGUGAAUUUCCAGGAAUAUGAAUCAACUAUUUGUAGGCUUAUUUUCUUCAUUGUAUAACGAAACAUAACCACUCGCUGAAAACGUGUUACUCAGAGCACGAUGGAGAGGUAAGUAAAGCGUGUGACUAUAUGUCGAUAUAAUAUGCUACAGUUUUCUUUACAAUAGCUGUUCACAUGAUACUCAGUGCACUGUACUUGAAGUCAACCGGGCAUGAAAAUCCACGGAUAAUGACAAGUGAAUUGAUUAAAAACACACAAGCGUUCAAGGUGUAAUUGAGAAGCGUGUGGUAGGCUACUAAUACUCUGAAUUUCCAUUGGACGAAAAUGCAGCAUUAAACGCCUUAGUGCCGUCAGUUACGUCAAGGCAGCGAAAUGUCACUCAAACCAUCCCGGAAGUACUGCGAUGUCCUUCAACAUAAUAGAUAUGAUAAGUCUACGGAUACAUAUUUUAUUUCAAUCCAUAGUUCAUGGGGGCAUUUUUGUGUGUAAAGACCGAAAACAAAUAUUGGUGAAAUUAAAUAUACUGCAAUACAUUCUUA